AUGGAAUUUAGCCAACGUUUUAGGAUGGGCGUAAUUCAUCAGUUAUCGGAAGAUGUAGUUAAUCGAAUUGCUGCUGGUGAAGUUAUGGUACGGGCAUCAAAUGCUGUUAAAGAGUUGAUUGAAAAUUCUUUAGAUGCUGAGGCUACAGAAAUUAUUAUUACGGCUAAGAAUGGUGGUUUAGAUCUGUUAAAAGUCCAGGAUAAUGGAAAGGGCAUAUUGAAAGAAGAUAUGCCAUUAGUGUGUGAGCGGUUUGCAACAUCAAAACUUAGUAAAUUUGAAGAAUUGGAAUCGAUGAGCACAUUUGGUUUUCGCGGAGAAGCGCUAGCUUCCCUAAGUUAUGUAUCAAACGUUCAAAUUAUCAGUAAACCUCGGGAUGCCAAUUGUGCGCAUGCAGCACGUUAUUCAAAUGGAAAAAUGGAAGGCGAAAUUCGUUCUUCUGCUGGAUUGGACGGGACAACAAUAAUAGCUGAAAAUUUAUUUUUGGAGAGCGAGUCAAGGCGAAAGGCACUGAAGAAUCCAGCGGAGGAAAUGAGUCGUAUUGCUGAUGUUGUGAUCCGUUAUGCUAUAAAAAACCCAAAUGUUUCUUUUACUUUACGACGUUGCGGUAGCGGUUGUGACUUUCGCACACCUGGUGACGGGGAUGUUGCAAAUGUUAUUUGUUCUCUUAUUGGUCCUAAAGCGGCGGAAGACUUGAUAAAUCUUAGCUUUGCUGAUUCCUUACUAUAUUUUACUUUGGAUGGUUACAUGACGCGACCUACAACAUCGUGUACGGCUCAGACACUGCAGUUUAGACAAGAAAGACAAAAAACGUUUUUUCUUUUUAUUAAUGGGAGGAGUGUGGAAUGUGCACAAUUAAAGCGAGCUUUGGAUGCCAUUUUAGCCACGCAGAAUACAUUUUCUCCCUUUGUUUUCUUGUCUUUACAGAUUGCACCAAAUCGGGUUGAUGUUAAUGUACACCCAACAAAAUCGACAGUUUUAUUUCUGGAGCAAGAUGCCAUAAUUACUGCAGUGCAGGAUUAUAUAGGAACUGUCCUUGAAAACUCUGUUGAAACGUAUGCUGUCAAGGCGCAUGGUCCCGUAACAGGCGACAAUGAUCUCUCAGCUCCCUCGCAGUCUGAGGCUGUUUCUGACCUCAUGCUCACACCAAAGUCGAAGAAGAAACAUGUUAUCGUUGUGAGUGAGCAACUUGGAGGUUUACAACCGUCUACUGAACAAGCCGUGACAUUAAAGAAAAUUUAUGCACAUCAGCUUGUCCGAACGGAUGCGAAAGAAAGGCGGCUUGACGAGUUUGUGAAUAGUCAAAAUCUGUCACAGGUAGAGACGGUGCUGGUAAAACCGUCUACCAGUAACUGGCGGGAAUUUAAUUUCUCUUCUCUGGCUGCAAUGAAAGGUGAAAUUUGUAAGUCGACAUCUCUGGGACUUCGUGGUCUAUUUAAAGACCAUACUUAUGUUGGAGCUGUUGAUCCUUCAAGAGCUCUUAUUCAGCAUGGUACUUCGUUGUAUCUUAUUAACGUCCGCCAUUGUUUGCGACAGUAUUUUUAUCAGCUAUUAGUGCUGUCAUUCGGGAAUUUUGGAAAUGGAGCUAUUGAAACUAUACCAUCAUUAGUGGAUGGUUAUUUGCCGCAGCUGGAGUCAUUACCGACACUGGUUUCGACUCUUGCUUACGAUGUUGACUGGGACCACGAACAAACGUGUUUUGAAGGUAUCUGUUGGGCUCUGGCAGAUUUCUUUUCACCAAAAGCGGAAUAUUGUUCUGAGGAAGCUUUUUCAGUAUUUGGAGAUCAGACUUGCUCGUGGAAAACUAUUUAUAGCGAUAUUCUCUUCCCUAGUUUAAAAACAAGCUUUUUGCCACCAAAAACACUAGCUUCUAAAGUGCGCCGUCUUGCUGACCUCACAGAACUGUAUAAAGUUUUCGAACGUUGCUAA